UUACGAAUCGGACAGCGAAGAUGAAAUGUCAAAAACAUAGAAAAUCGUGUUCUUGGUGUGCCGCAGGGCCGGUUGUUAUUUAAUCACUGUUUAUUAUCAAACUACACUUUACCUCGUUAAACAAUAACCACUAAAAAUGCGGCUAACAAACACGCUUUUGCGGCAGCACAUAGGAUUUUACUUCAAGAAACACUGGCUGCAGCAGGGCAAACGUGUACCAAACAGUACCGGCGCCGAGGAGGAACUAGUCGCUCGCGGAAUCAUCGCAAGGGAUCCGUCGGAGGUUGUUAAAGAAAAUCUUCCGCGGGAGGAAUUCCGUAUCCCCGGUAUGGUACCGCCGCCAGUGGCAUAUGAUGAAACGCAUCCCCUCUGGCAGGCGGAACCAGCGUUUGUGUACGGCGACACAAAUGUCCUGCUGGAGGGUGUCCGUCAGGCACAGAGUUUGCUCAACACGGUUGUGUUUGAUGAUCUUCCGUUGAAAAUGGAGGAAAAGCUAGAUCAAACCAAGAUAGCCACUCCGCUUGAUCGGUCGAUGCAGCAAGCCGUACUGUCGGCCCUGGUUUUCGACACGGAACAGGUUAAAACGGCCAUCCAGAAGGUUCCGGAUCGCCCGGCCUACAAGCUACCGCGCACGUACGGCAUAUCCGAGGGCCGAAGGAACCAACUGAUACUGUCAAAGUUCGUAACGCACUGCGAUCGUUUCGCCGGGCGGUCUGUGAAUGCGAAUCGCAAAGUAGUUUUCAAUGCUCGGUUUUUAGUCCCGUUGGUAAAAGAAGGCGAAAGAGUUCUGCUGAACUUGAAGGCGGAAUCGAUGAUUAUAUCGCACGAUCCGUUGAAACCACUCGACACGGCCGUUUAUCGUCCGAUGGAUCAGGAGGUACCGAGCUUGUUCCCUCUGAAGGAAACCGUGUCGAUACCGGUGCAAAACAUUUACGACUGGAGGAACGAUUAUCCUAUCAGCCGUAAUUACAAACACUCGCAUCCGCACACCAUUCUCAUUCACUGCUCGCCGAGCGAUGUAAAGAACGCGACGGAACUACCCGUGUCGCGUGAUCAAAUCGAAGGUCGAACGAUGGUAAAAGCAUUCGCUGCGGCCGCCGCCCGUGCCCGUCAACUGUACGGCGAGGACGUGAAAGCGCUGCCCAACCCAAUCACUGUGCAGGCGGUGCAAACCGACAGCAAAACGUUCCACUUUAGUGUGUAUCAGCUGAACACGCUCGAUUUGAGCUCCAGCAAGGAUCGUAAUAUGUGGUUCCGGAAGGCACCGUUGGAGCUGUACUCGCAGUGUGGCUACGUGGUCGGUAAGCCAACACUGGACGACUACAACAAGGAUGUGCUGCGGCAUUUUGCUGUAUUCUAUUCGAAUUAGUGCAGGUGGGGCUCUAAUAAAUCUAUAGCAUUAAAGUAAAAACGUAUCAAGCAAUGCAUUAUGCAUUAAAAAUGAA